UUGGCUGGUGCGGUUUGAACAAGUUAUAAACGGUUUCAGCGGGACUCUUGUGUUGUGGGACAGUCAUUAAAGUGGGAAGCCCCUUGUUUUACCAAAUUUAUUUUUUUGCGCAAGUAUGCGAUUGAUGUAGCUUUUAAAAUUAGCGGAACAACGAGCAUCAUAAACUCGGAACAUCCAAGGUCGUCACCAUGAACGCCUUAUUAUCAGUGAGAUCACUGAUGCAGAUGUUUGAUGGCAAAGUACAAGAUUUCAUUGGUGAAAUCGAUAAUGUCCACAAGGUUUGGCUUGAGGAGAUCCAACAAGAAGCCAAUCGUAUGUUCUCAAGAGAUUUUAAUACCGAACCAGAGUUAAUGCCAAGAACGCCAUCACAGAAGAAAAACAGUCGCAGGAAGCGUGUCUCUUUGGGCCGUCAAGAGGAAAAUCAAGCAAACCGAAGAUUCUCAAAGGGAAGGCGCAGUAACCUUCGUGGCUCCUCUGUUAAAACGCUGCACUUCAUUGCUGAAGAGGAACCGGUUUCUGAGAGCUCCACCUCUGAAGCCAGCUGCACCACACAGCCCAAACGCACCACUCGCAGGAAAAAACUGACAAACCCUGAAGUGGUGGAUGAUGUGAGCCAGUCACCUCAUGGCAGCAAUCAAGCUGAGGAGGCAGAGCUGAUGGAGAAAGAAGAGGUGAUCAAAACUAAAGAGGUGAAUGACGCUGAAGUUGAAUCGAAUGACGUAGGUGGCAACGCUCAGCCUCCUGAGUCAUGUAAGAUACACUUACCUGAAGUUGUUGUCAGCGUCUCUCACGCAGAACGCUUGUCUGCUGAGCUUGCUAAAGAGCGAGAGCCCUCUCCGGGCCGUACAGCUGCUAAGAUUGCAAUAGCUGAAACUUCUCAAAGCUCACGGCGUAGCUCUGUGCGGUGCUCCCUGAAGCUACGUCAUUCACUCGCUGGUCUGCGGCACAGUAUGACCCAGGAAUCUGUCCGCCGUGCCUCACGGCGCUCCAUGCUUAAGAGGAAAGGUGCUCGCACGGGCAACUCCACAUGUAGCAGCAAAGUUAGUGAGGACUCUUGCAUGGAGGAGGAGGAGGAGGAGGAAAUGGAGAAGGAAAAAGAAAACAGAGAAGUAGCGUCAGAAGCUGCGCCUGAAAAAUCUCAGGGAACUCCAGAGGGUGUUCAACCAUCUCUUGUGCGCGUUACUCGUUCUGUGGCUGCAAACUCGCCCAAACUGGCGCCCCCGUCAUUGUUUAUUAGUGCGAUGAAAGUGAGCACUCUUAACAGAGCAAUUGUCGCUAAGAAACAACAGACUUCCCUGUCAGCUCUGAGGUCAAGCCGCAGCACUAAACGUAAAGCACCUGAUACUACAGAUGAAAGUCCCACAAAGAGGUUCUCUCCUCCCAAGAAAAGUCAGAGUGCAAUCAAACCCCACAUGAAAUCUUUCCUGCACACCGUCCAUAAGAAUCAGAUGCUGAUGAUGACUCCAAAUUCAGUCGGCCGGACUGCUGUGAUCAAGUCCUUCAUCAAACACAACACUCCUCUGAGGAUUGAUCCUAAGACAAAAGAGCGCAACAAACUGGAAGCUCUUAAAAAGAAGCAGGAACAAGAAGAGGAAAGGAUGAGGAAGAUGGAGGAAGAUAAGAAGAAGAAACAGGAGGAACUUAAAAGGAAGAGGGAUGAGAGGUUAAGGAGAGUAUUAGAGGCCAAAGUAAAAGAAGAGCAGAGGGAGGAAGAAAAGAAGAAGAAGAUUGAGCAAAAGAUGGCUCAGAUUGAUGAGAAAAAUGAUAAGCGUCUAGCGGAGGAGAAGGCCAAGAAAAAGGUGGCCCUGAAGCGUCAAGAGGAGCUGGAACAAAAGAGGAAAAUGGAAGAGGAUGCCAGAAAGAAGAUUCAGCAGGAGGAAGAAAAGCGGCAGCAGGAGUUGCUGGCUAAGAAGAAGGCUGAGGAAGAGGCUCGGAAAGCACUCGAGCUGGAGAGAGAGAGGGAACGCCAAGCUGCUGCUGAAAGGGAGCGAGUGGAGAAAGAAAAAGCUCUCGCUCUGCAGCGUGAACUGGAGAGAGCAGCGAGGGAGAAAGAGAUGAGGGAACUGGAGGAGAAGAGGAAGGCUCUUGAGGAAAAAAGAAAACUGGAGGAGCAGCAAAGGCUGGCAGCAAAAGAGAGAGCUGCUAAAGAGCUGGAAGCUGCUAAGAAGAGGGAGGCUGCUGCUCAAGAGGCUGCUAAGACACAGACGGCUGCUGGCCUAAAUGUGACUGUGGAUAUUGAGCGCUCUGUAAUCAGCACACCUGUAGGAAAAGGUGGUGGCCUCAAUGUGACUGUGGAUAUUGAGCACUCCUCACCACAGUCAUACGCCAUCACACCAAAGGGUGGCGAUAAGCCUUUGAUUUUGUCCAAAAGUUCAGAUGAUUACGGGAUGGACCAAAACAGUGAUGACUCUACUGAUGACGAGUCUGCACCAAGGAAGCCCAUUCCAUCCUGGGCAGAAGGUCCCAAUCUGCAGCAGAUAAUAAUGAAGCAGUACUUCAGCCCUCCUGAUCUGGACUCUUUCUUUGGAACAAUUGAGCCACCACGACUGGAAAACAUCUUUUACAAGACCAAGCCCAGAUAUUUUAAACGCACCAGCUCUGCGGUGUGGCACUCGCCUCCAGGUGGAAAGUAACAUCUGUGUACUCAUACAGAUGUUUACACUGCUGUAUAAAGUUAAAAUUCUGAAAGUCUGUUUCAAAUAAAGUCAUGUUUUGUUUUGUU